AUAAGGUGGAAACUGAGAUAUUGCUACAGCAACAUGCAAUAGGAGGGUCGACACAGUUAAGGCUUUGACGGUUUUUUCAGAGAGACGCCGAUAUACAGUUGGUAUUUGGCGACAUCGUACAUAGUUAUCAGCGUGGACGAAAUGUCAUAUCACAGUUUUUAAUCCUGGUUACUAGCUAGCUAACGUUAGCUAGCUAAACUGUUGUUGAUUUACCAGUCGUCCAUAUACCUAGCUAGCUAGCCAAGGAGGAUACAUAUCAAACGUUACCACGGUUUUAGCUACAAAUGAGAUAAUGAAGUUAACGUUUUCUAAGUAACUCUAAAUUAAAUGUGCACUAGGCAUAAAUCGCUGCGCCAUUUCCUGCUUGCUUGCUAAAAUUCUAAUAGUUCGCCUAAUUUCAGUUUGUGAUAAAAACAGAAUCAGUGUACCAUAUAAACAGUCGAUAAAUAUAUUUUCAAUAACCAAAAAUAUAGUAUUUUCAUCUGUUUGAAGCUGGUGUCUGAACUGAAAGUAAAAUAGAAAAUGUAAAACGGGAAGGAAAGAUAUAGCGCACACAACAUAUCUACCGCUUGGACUUGCUUUCAAUGAGAAUUACAUAUCUAUUACCUAAAUUUCUAUGUGUAUUUGGUGGGGUCUUCCAAAAAGUGACAUUUCAGCUUUAAAUCAGUAGUUGAUAAAAAAUCUCUCGAAAUAGUUGGUGUUCACUCAAUACGUAUUUAUUUGAACUUUCCAAAGUGGCAAACCUUGCACCAGUCAAUAUGCCUUUGCUGUUUUUGGAGAGAUUUCCAUGGCCCAGUUUGCAGACAUACACAGCUCUGAGUGCUGUAUUUCUCGCUGGGUCAAUAUUGAGUGGCUACUGUACUGUCCCAGAGCCAGUAGAGUACACACAGACACAGAGCAGUACUCCUGUAGAAAGUGAUGAUGAUGAGGACCCAAUCACCAGCCUUAGCGAUGUGGCAGCCACUGUCCGGUUGUACCUGGUCUCAGACACUGUUUUUGUUUGGGUGAUGGUGAAUACAGCCUGCUGUGUCCUGAUGUUGAUUGCAAAGGUGAUCCAGUGCAUUGUCUUUGGGCCGCUCCGUGUCAGUGAAAAACAGCACCUGAAGGACAAGUUUUGGAACUUCAUCUUCUACAAGUUUAUCUUCAUCUUCGGGGUGCUCAACGUUCAGACGGUGGAGGAGGUGGUGAUGUGGUGUCUGUGGUUCGCUGUCCUCGUCUUCAUGCACCUCAUGGUCCAGCUCUGCAAGGACCGCUUUGAAUAUCUGUCAUUCUCACCCACCACUCCUAUGGGCAGCCAUGUGAGGGUUCUGACCAUGCUGGUGGGUAUGCUGCUGACCUGCUGUGGCCUGGCACUGCUCUGUGGUCUCCUGGGAAAUCCCCAUGGCGUACACACCGUCACCUUCAUGGCCGCUGAGUGUAUGCUGGUGUUCGUUAGAACUGGACAUGUCAUUAUCCGGUACUCUAUCCACCUGUGGGACUUGAACCAUGAAGGCACCUGGGAGAGUAAAGGAUCCUACGUUUACUACACUGACUUUGUGAUGGAGCUGGCUCUGCUGGGGCUGGACCUUAUGCACCACAUCCACAUGCUGCUGUUUGGUAACAUCUGGCUCUCUAUGGCCAGCCUGGUGAUCUUCAUGCAGCUGCGUUACCUGUUCCAUGAGGUGCAGAAGAGAAUCCGUCGCCACAAGAACUACCUCCGUGUCAUCAACAACAUGGAGGCCAGGUUUGCUGUGGCCACCUCUGAUGAGCUGGUAGCGAACAAUGAUGACUGUGCUAUCUGCUGGGACUCCAUGAUGACAGCACGCAAGCUGCCCUGUGGACAUCUCUUCCACAACUCUUGCCUGCGUUCCUGGUUGGAGCAGGACACGUCGUGUCCCACGUGCCGUAUGUCUCUGAACAUCAGCGAGGGGGCUGGAGGAGAGAGAGAGGAGAGGCAGAGGGAGCCCAUGCUGGAAGACAACAUGGGCCCUGGAGGCCCCGGGCCAGAGGCAAGGCCACACCUCAACCAGCACAACCACUUCUUCCACUUUGACGGUUCUCGCAUUGCCAGCUGGCUGCCCAGUUUCUCUGUGGAAGUGAUGCACACAACCAACAUCCUGGGCAUCGUACAACAGGCCAACAACUCCCAGCUCAAUGCCAUGGCCCAUCAGAUCGGGGAGAUGUUUCCGGAGGUUCCCUACCAUCUUGUGCUGCAGGAUCUGCAGCUGACCCGCUCUGUAGAGGUCACCACUGACAACAUCCUGGACGGACGCAUCGUGGUUCCUUUCCCCAUACAGCCUGUGGAUCACUCCGCCUCCCAGGUCAACCCCUCCCCACAAGAUGUGGGUGGGGCCAACGGGAGUUCAGAGUUCGUGACCCCCGAGGUGGAGGACUUUGAGGUCCGAGGCAGCCGCUUCUCCAAGUCAGCCGAGGAGAGACAGAAGAUACUGCUACAGAGGAAAGAUGAGCUACUGCUACGAGCACAGAGGAGAUAUCUGAGCAAGAGCCCAGAGGAAAAUGCUGCUGCUAUGAACGAUGAUGAUGAGUACGAUGAAGGUUUGCCCUCUCUUGAGGAUGACAUCCCAGCAGGCUCAGUUUUAGACUCUAUGACCCUGCGACGCAGAAAGUUAGCGGCAGCUGCUGAGCGCCGCAUGCACGUGUACUAGUGAAGAGGCUGGACUGGGAACUAGGGCCAGGAUGAUACCAGUAUUGCCAUACUCAUUAGUAUCAUGGCAAGGAAACAAAACACAAAGCGGAUUUAACUUGUUUCGGAAAGCAUCCCUAAUGUUGGAAUCAAACGUAAUUAUGUUGUCAUCCAGAGUCACAUGUAUUUAUUUUCCAAGCUGUAGCAACAAUAUCUUGCAUACAGCAGGUUAUUAAAGGAUCAGAGUUA